AUGGCCCGGUCAUCCGCCAACAAUCCUCUGUUAACUGUGGACUCAAGCAAUAUGACCGGACCAAUAACAAUAUCUGGCCCACCGCGGGCCACCAUUUCUUAUCCUCCACCACCGCAUCUCGUACCUCCUGCGCCUCCACUUCCACAAUUCAUCCAGUCCGUUUCAAUGCAUUCAAUCCGUUCACCAGCAUCAUCUUCAUCCCCGUCAACGACAUCUGUGACCGUGACUCCACCACCACCACCACCACCACCCACAACGAGUGUAACUACACUGGGUUCGGACAAUCCCAGUGGUGUGCCACCAUCAACUCUGAAUCAGGACACCAAAAUCGACGUACUGUCUCCGAAUUCAAGCCCCGGAGAUCCAUUCCUAAGUGCGGUUGGAACAACCAAUUUCACCAAUUCAGCUCUGGAUUUGGUACAAAAACGUUCACACGAGGAACGUUCCACUUCGUCAUCCAGUUCCAUAAACCUGGACAGUACAUUAGCUCGUAGUCCAGACAGAAAACUACCGUUUUUGGAUUUUUGUCCGACUAAAUGCAGCACAGUUGUCCACGGAGAGGACGAAGACGAAGAUGAGGAUGAAGAUAUGGAUCCCGGGGAUCCCGGAUCACAACCAUCGGAUGCAUCUCAAUUACGCAACGGAACCGAAGUGAGCGAAAAACGUACACUGGCCUAUCCGGCAUCAACACGUAUUCUGCUGGAUAUUCCGUGUCGGCGCUCCAUUCGACGCAAUCGUCAGUAUGUGUGUAAAAAUCGCUCGGUGGUCGGCGGAAAACCAAAUCCCGGGAAUUGUCGAAUCGAUAAAUCGCAUCGAAAUCAAUGUCGUGCAUGUCGUUUACGCAAAUGUUUGGAAGUGGGUAUGAAUCGCGAUGUCGUGUCAUUGUUUUUCCGAUACGAACCACUGAAUCUUGGUGGAAUUUAUGGUCCACGGUUGCAAUUGACCAAUCGACUGAGCUAA